AUGUCUGACUGUCUCCGUAACGUACAAGACAUGAUUGUUGAUGUUCACAAGUCACAUAAUGAUCCUGUGGAUCUGCCAAAGGCCCUUAAAUUGGCCAUCAGACAUUAUUAUUUCCAGUUCAUCACUGACAAGAAUGAUCGAAGGGCAGAGGAGGAUAUAUUACGAAAUGAUCAGGAGGGAGACCAGUCUGGUGUGUCCCCAGAAGAGAGAGAGGCUAAUGCUCGUCCCAAGGAUGCUUUGUUCUACAAGAAGCAGCUUACUGAUUGGGACAUCACCCAGAAGCUCUUCAGGCAGGAGAUCGACAACUAUGACAAAGAAGAGCAACAGAAGAUGGGAAUCACUCAUUCUAUCAGGCACCAUAUGGGUCAUGCCAGGAAGUGGUUUAAUAAUAUGACCCCUGCUCAAAAGAAGGACGUUCAGCAGGCCAAAGAUAAAUGGAAUGAGGAAGGUGCCCCUGCAGAAUCUCAGGCAAUGUACCGAAAGAGGAACCUCAAAAAAAUCCUCGACAACUUUUCACAGGAAAUUGCUCGUACUAUGGGAUGUCGAAUCGUCAUGCUCAUCAGCCACAAGAAAUCAGGGGAGAUGUCCUUGGGUGUCUCCAUGGUCUCAUUUUUGUUAAGCCACGAGUCUGAACCUGUCACGUCCAAGAAGGCCUUCACAGUGAGUUCACGAGGCAACAAGGAAUGGGUGGCCGACAGCUUCAAAAAGUUUUCGGAGUGGUCAAAGCAAGAAUUUUACCCUGCUGAUGACAAUGAGGACGAUGAUGACGACGCCGAGGAGGAGGAGGAGAAGCCAUCCUUGCCUGAAGUCGUCUUGGACAAUGAUGGCUUUGCAAAACAACCCUCGCAUGCAGAUGUUCCCCUCAAGGGGCAACAAGAAUUAAUUCAUCAAAUUUUUCAUGCAUCAUAUAAAGUCUUCACCGGCAGCAACAAGCCAGUACCUUGGGGUGUGAUCAGCGCUGAUCCUGCAACCUACGUAGAUCUGGAUUGUGUCCCCAAGGACUUUGUCUUCAAGGAUCCAUCUCACAUGAGGGCGGCGGAGGUGAACAAGCUUUGGCGACAUUGGGAUCUCAGAAGGUCAGAAGAGGAGAAGUUAGUUGUUUUUUAUGGUGGCAGGAAGGCAAAGAAACAAAUGUACAUGGAAAUUGACGAAGAAAAUGCACAGCAGUCCUUGCCUGCCCAAUCUGCUGCUGGUACAGAGCAACCAGCCAGCUCACAGUCUACAAAGUGUCCUGAACAGCCGGCUGACUGCACCUCCCUCACCAUGUCGGCCAGCCCACAGCCUACAAAGCAUACAAAGAUGCCGGCCGGAGAAUCAGACAGCUCAGAUGAUGACCUGUCUUUAUCAGCUCCUGAAGCUCAUUUGCAAGCGCUCACUAGCUGUCCAUCCUUGGCUCAACAUGGGGCACCUGCGGCUGUGCCAAUGAAGGACCAUAUGUUGUUUUCACGGGGUCUCAGCAGCAAUGGCGAGUAUCUGCACUAUGUCGAGGCCAUGAAGGACUUGAAAAAGGAACGAACCUCUCAGCAUCCAGAGGGAUGGCCUACCUGGGCAACAUGGUCUUGGGAAAGAUCAUAUCUUCCCAAGACUGUGCACGACUCAGAUGAUCAAUUGCUCAAGUUCUUGCAGAUCAUCAAAUCUACCAGGAUCUCUGCCUCGGCUUCAGCCAUGCGAGUGGCCCUUGGUCUUGGUAUGCUGCUAAGAGAAUGCAAAUGUGUCAUUGAGUAUGAAGCCGAUGAGGCCGCCUCUGACAUCCCUUCUUACAUUAGUACUUCUGUCUUGGAUAUCAAAUGCCUUGACCUUAUCUUGGACACCCUCAACAUAGCUAAGGGAGGGGUAGUGUGCAUGUCCAAUGCGAGGGUGGAUAUGGACCUCAAGGGAGCUGUUGUUCAUUAUAGAGCUGUACCUGAAGAGCUUGGUCAGAACGCGUUGGGUGGAGGACAGGAGGAGGAGGUAGAAAUGGCUGAACAGGACAAUGAGGAGACAAGACAGCAGCUCGAAGAAGAAGCUGGAGAAUUCAAACAUGAUGCUGGAGAAAGAGAGGAAGAUGAAGAACAGCAUGUUGUAGAGCACAGGGAUGUCGAGGAGGACACAGAUGAGGAACAGGUACAGGAAGAGCAUGUGGUCGCAGAGAAGAAAGGGAAGAAAGACGCAAGUCAGGGGUAUCAGGACCUCCUGCCAAGAAGUCCAAAACUGACCUUGUUCGACGAUCUGUCAGAGCCAGACAACCCUCCAAGAAGGCCUUAUGCAACUGAUUUAGAAUAG